GUCCAUCAGUUGACUCACUUUAAACACCACCCCCAUGUUAUCUCCCACCCUUACUUGCUUUGUACUAUAAAGACACCAAUGAUCAAAAAAGAAAGAACACAGGCAAGAAGAAAGAUCCAUCCUGCCCUUUUGGACAUUAUUUCUGAAAAGCAAGUGGGAAAUUAAGGCUAUACCAUGACAUCUGUCAUUGUGGUUAUUGCAACAAUUAUGGGAUGUGUCAUCUUUACUGUGGACGUCACAAAUGGUGAGUAAAUAAUAGCCUAGUCUAGGAAGAAUGAUAAUAAAAUAAUUUAUAUUCACCAGGCAGCUGUAACAUUUGAAAUAAAAACCUUCAAAUGCAUCACUGCAAGAAAAGUUGUUUUUAAACCUGGUGGUAAUAUAUGUCGCACUUUAACAUAACAUUUUCCCCACCGUUUGGUUCACAGAUCAAGUGAGAAGAAGUAACCAAUGGAGUUUAAAAAAAGAGGAGCAGUAAAAAAAAAAAAAAAAAUUACAAAUCACAUUUACAUAUAUUAAACAUAUAAUAUAUAAUAUAAAUAUUUUUUUCUGCUCCUGUUUUUGUUUCCCCUCUGUUAGUCACUUUAUCUGUGAAUUAACAUAGUGGCACAUUUCUCAUUUCUCAAAUUUUCACAGGUGCUGCAGUACGAAUAUCUUGUCCACCUGGCUGGUUCUUUUACAGAUCCCAUUGCUAUGCUGUGAGUAAGAACCCUGCUUCUUGGGCUGAUGCAGAGGUAAGCCAUUGUUUUCCAAUUGAUAAUGAUUGCCAAAUAAAUAAUCUAUCACAUAUGUGUCUUUCCUACGCUGAAGAAGUUCUCUUGAUCCCCUUGUCCUCUAGGUUUAUAGAACUCGCGCGUACACGCAUGUUACUAUUAAUUCCAACUCCCUCUUUAACCCUCUUCAAUCUGGCUUACAUUCUCUUUACUCUGCUGAAACAGCCCUUACAGAAGUGGUCAAUGAUAUGCACACUGAUAACUCCAAAGUUCACUAUUCUCUCUUAAUUUUCCUUUCCUCUCUGUUGUCUUUAACAUUGUCAAUCACACACUCUUUUUUUUUUUCUAAUCUUCCGUAACCUUAGUCUUCAUGAUUUUGUCCUUUCUAAUUCUCAUUAACAGGACUUCUAAAAGGCUGCUCCUUUUAAAAUGAAAUGCUCUAUCCCAUUCUUUUAGACCUACUCUCAGCUUCCAUUCUUUUAAGAAGUCUCUAAACACAUUUGUCUUGUUAAAACUUACGAUCUUCCUGGGUAAUUAAUCACAUUAUAACAGUCCUCCCAUCUCACACACUGCUCUACCUCAGUGAGGAUUCCCAUUCACAAUUGCAGAGAGAAUAUGAUUAAUUCCUCUAUGUGUUGCAAUGCGUAAAUUGAGGAUUGUCCCUCACCACCUGUAGUCACCACAUGGUUUGCACUUGUAGAUAUCUGAAGUCCCACUAGGACUCCUGAUAGGCCAGAGUCUGUUUGGUUCUGGCAACCUCAUGUCUAUGCAUGGCACACGUGCUAUAGGUUGCUAACCACUGUUGUAGGAUGUUUGAUUCUGUAUCUAUAUGUAGUGUCAAAUAGUAUUAGAGUUAUAUUGAAAUUCAGAUACUGGAAAGGGUUAAUCUAUACUGACCUAAAAAAGUGUACUGUGUAACAAUCAUAAUUAAAGCACAUUUAUGUAUAAUAUAAAUACUCAUUGUUUAGAUUAUUACAGUGUUUUCCAAAGUAUGAGCACUUUUCUCUCCCUCGUCUCCUUUUUACAGUAUGACUGUGUCAGUUAUGGGCACGGGGCGCACUUGGCUUCUAUCAUGGAUGACUCAGAAGCUGCGAUCAUUGCGAGUCAUGUUUCAGCCAAUCAAGAUGCAGAAGGUGUAUGGAUUGGGCUCCAUGAUCCUGAGAAGGUCAGUGAAAGAAAUCCUAAACAAGUUACCAAAGGAAUAAGCGAAGUACCCUAUUAUGUCCUGAGUUGCUAUUUAUUUUUAUUUGAUCAUUAAAGGGACACUAGGAACUUACAGCAUUACCACAUGGAUGUAUUUUUAAUUAAAUACUUAUACCACAAUAUGUAUCCAGGGUAACCUAAACACAUUGGAAACAUUUACAGCCACGUGUGGAUCUGUUAGUAAUACAGCUCAUUUCAACACAAUAAUGAAAAUAUUGCUGGCUAAUAUAUUCUGUUUAGGAAUUAAUAUAACCCAGGCCUAACUUUAGCUGUACAAUAUUCAAUUUCAACUUUAAACAUUUGCCCAACAUUGCCCAAAAUCUCUUACACAGCAUGGGGACCUAUAUCAUGAUCAAACAAAGUAGUAGAAAACAACAAUAUAAAUGUUGACUCCAAGGUCCAGAGUUCAACAGUCCAAGAACAAUGUAGUUGCAAAUGAACGGAUUCUGCCCUGGCCUGGAAACUGGCCCUGAUUAAUGUCCCCAUGUUUGCUUGUGUCGGUCAUUAAUUUGGUUAUAACCUUGCAGGCACUCAGCAAAAAGAUACUAUGAAGAUUUAGUUCACAGUCCUCUAAAAAAAUUGCUGCCAGUUGCCAGCCUGUACCUGCCAGCCCUCCACUGAUUCAAAAUGUAUUUAUCUUUUCUAUUUUUGUAAGCCCUGAUAUAAGACUGAGCUAAGUUCAUUUCCUGAUAGAAGAAAAAAAAAGUAGUGGAGCCAAAUAUCUAGGAUUUGCAGAUUUUACCAUAUUUUCCUGGACAUAUUGGUGAUAUAUAUAGAACAAAAAGAAUUAGCCGUUCAGCUAUCUGAAUGUUUUAAAUAUUUUAUCAAAGUGCAGAUGCCACAUAACAGAGUUUGGCUGUUGUCAAUAAUACAGAAUGCAGUGGGGGCGGGAUCAUAUUUAAUGGUUCUUCUCUCGGCAGAAUGGUCGCUGGAAGUGGACAGAUGGUUCUAUGUUCAAUUACGCUGCCUGGAAAACGGGCGUGCCAGACAAUGCCAAAGGGAAAGAGUUCUGUGUUGUUCUUGUUACUGGUUCCAGUAAGUGAGAGUCAUAAAUUUUACUCCACAUUCCAAGUGCAAGACUCUACAUCAGGGGUGCCCAAAAGGUAGAUCCCUAGAUAUUAUAAAACUACAGCUUCCAUGAUGCUUUGUCAUUCUAAAGGCAUGCAAAGCAUCACUGGAGUUGUAGAGUUACAACAACUGGGGAUCUACCUCUGAUUGAGUUAAAACAUCAGCAAGACAUAUCUAUAUUUUAUAACUGACAGUUACCCUGUUUGCAUGCAUGGCAAAAAUGAAUGGCAGUGAACAAUUUAAAAUCCAAAAAUAUCCCAAUUAAUCAAAAUAUAUACAAAAUUGAGGCACAGCACACACAUAAAAAUGCCAGUUUUAAAUCUAACAAGGUUACUUAAAAUCACCUAUCUUUGCAAACAAAUAUGGGGAUUUGUUUACACUCUAAGGUCAUAUUUUGUUAAACCCACCAAUAUGUCACAGUAUAUCAAUAUCGGGAACCUCUUCUCUUUUCUCUCAUUGCACACGUGGAGAGGCAGAAACAAGGUUUCUAUUCACCCAAUGCAUACUGUGCUAUGGCUGUGCCCUGACUUAAGUGCAUUGUAAUGUCAAUUAGUGAAUUUUUCAUGGCCAUUUAAAAGUAAACAGUACAUCAUAUAUAAAAAAAAAUGUUCAUCACAAGUUAUAGGUGGAUUUCAAUGUUUUAUUCAAAGAUAUAAAAUUCAUAAAAGUGAUAGUUCCCACUUAGAGAAAAUCAAAUAUUGGUUGUAAAUAUUUAGGUUAUCAGCCAGUGAUCAAACUUGUUUUGUUUUCUUGUCUUGUCUUGCCUAUAGGCAAUCUAUGCAUGUAUUGGUUGGAAAAGGUUGGGGAAAUAUUACAUUUCAGACAUUUUUGAUAUAUUGCACUUUUUCAUAAACCAUCUGUACUUCAAAUGGAUUUUCUACUUAUAUUCUCCAUGCUCAACAAUGAAAAUAUUAAAAAAACAUAAAAUUGUGGCAUGCUUUCAGAUUCAUGAAAACAUAUUAAUGAGUAUGUACUAGCCAUGUAUAAGCAGUUAAUGCUCUUAAUGCUGCUUCAACUGUCACCUUGAAUUAUAUCACAGCUACAUUAAGCCACUUUGAUCAACGAUGCAUGAUAUGGUAGUUUGUGCAUAGGAGUGCUUACAUUCCCUCAUUAUGUAGCUUAGUAUUCCUUAACUUAAAGGGAUAUCAUCCCUUUCAGACAUCUGUCUCAUAUAAAAGCUUUAGCUUUGAAUGAGACAGUUGCCUCACUCUGCCAGCUGAAAAAAGCAGGAGAGUAUAAUUUAUUUAUUUUUCAUAUUCAACUGUUUGUUCUUUGUUAUGCUUGUCACAAUAUCUCCAAGGGGGCACUGAACUAUCCAAGCAAUGUACUAUCCCUAGGAAUGCUGGAAAAUGGGCAAUGGGAGAAGAGAGGGAGUCUAAUCAGUGUGAUCAUGCAGAGCAGGCUCCCUUGUUGAGUUUCUCUCUACUGCUGCUGUGCAAUGAUGCCCUGUUUCUGUCAACUAGUCUGAAACUGAGAAGAGUGGUUAAGAGUGGGAGUGGGAGGAGGGCUGAAGGAACUCCACUAGCUGUGAGGUGUGCCCAACAAUGCUAACUGACCAAGUUUAGAAACAUUUAUUAUAUAGUUUUCAAAGUUUGUCUUGCUUUAUUUUGACUGGUUUGUUUAUUUAAAAGUGUUUGCUUGCUGGUUUAAAAAAAAUAAUCAGGCAAUGCAUGUCCCUUUAAACAUCCCUCUUUAUUCCUGUGUUCUCUUUCAGAGUAUAAGAAAUGGAAUGAUGUUGGAUGCGGUCCAGUUCGUAACUAUGUCUGUAAAUUCAAGCCCUGAUUCUCCUCCACAAUUUUCUUCUUACACAAAGUUUUAUCGUUCACUUGCAGUAAACAAAAUGUAUAAUACAUAUAUGUAUAUAAAAAAUCACAUGUGCCUGUGUAAUCACUACUUUCCAAGCCUGCGUAUUUUUGUAUUAGGUGAUCAUUGAGGUAUUUAGGAAGUAUAUCCACAGCUUUUUUUAAAAUAAAGAGCUAGAUAGAAGAUAGGUUGAAGAGGUGGGAGCUUUAAUAAAUGUAGAUAGAAGAGGAUGGAGUUAGGUUGAAGGAUGAAUGACGAGAAAGGAG